UCCCCUAGGCUAGAGUGAGACAGAUAAGCGAAUCUUGAAGCAAAACCUUAACCAAUUAAUUAAUUGUUGUUAUUCUCAUUGCAAGAUCCUGUUCCGCAUCCAGAAAACAAUGAAUAGGAGGCAGCAAAAGGUGUUCAAAUUGCUCAUAUGGAUUGUGGGAGUCUUUAUUGUCGCUUACAUUGCAGGACGACCCUUGUAUUGGCAUCUCAAUGAGACCCUCAAUGCCACCUCUUAUCCUUGUCCUCCUUGUCACUGUGAUUGCUCUCUUCAACCCCUUCUUACUCUCCCCGAAGGAUUGACCAACAAUUCCAUUAUAGAUUGCAUGAGACAGGACCCAGAGGUGAGUGAAGAGGUGGGGAAGAGUUUUACAGAUCUUUUAGCCGAAGAAGUAAAGCAAAAGGAAGCUGAAGCUGAGGAAAAACAAAGAAGUGUGGACACAAAACUUUUAGAGGCUAAGAAAUUAGCAUCACAGUAUCAAAAGGAGGCUGACAAGUGCAAUUCAGGGAUGGAGACAUGUGAGCAGGCCAGGGAAAGAGCUGAGGCAGCACUUGAAAAUCAGAUGAAAGAAACUGCUUUGUGGGAGCUUAGGGCUCGCCAAAGAGGAUGGAACAAAGAUGCUUCAAAGAAAGCUCGAGCACGUUUUUCAGUAGGAUAGAAGAGCCCCAGUAGUAGUUCCUUCAUUCUUCUAUUUUUUUAUUAUUUAUUAUUGUGUUUACUUGAUAUAUUGUUUAUUGAAAAAUAAAUACACAAGAUUACUUUUGGUUUUACGUUAGACAAUUAAGCCAUCUAAUUCUUAAGUUAGCACUCACAGACAUUGAU